CUUCCUUUAUAUUUCUUUUUCUUUCUUUUUCUCUUUUACCCUUUUUCUCUUUCCCUUCUCCCUCCCCUCACUCUCAGACAGGGGAUCUCCAAACCUCAGGACUUUUUGGGGGGCUUCGGUACUGUCCAUGGGAAGAGCAUGCAUUGUGGGUUACUGGAGGAACCUGACAUGGAUUCUACAGAGAGCUGGAUUGAAAGAUGUCUCAGUGAAAGUGAAAACAAGCGCUAUUCCAGCCACACGUCUUUGGGGAAUGUUUCUAAUGAUGAAAAUGAGGAGAAAGAAAAUAACCGAGCGUCCAAACCCCAUUCGACGCCUGCCACCCUGCAGUGGCUGGAGGAGAAUUAUGAGAUUGCAGAAGGUGUCUGCAUUCCACGGAGUGCUCUUUAUAUGCACUACUUAGAUUUCUGUGAGAAAAAUGACACCCAACCUGUUAACGCUGCCAGCUUCGGGAAGAUUAUAAGACAGCAGUUCCCGCAGUUAACCACAAGAAGGCUUGGAACUAGAGGCCAGUCAAAGUACCAUUACUACGGCAUUGCGGUGAAGGAGAACUCUCAGUAUUAUGAUGUGAUGUAUUCAAAGAAAGGUGCCGCUUGGGUCAGUGAAUCCGGGAAGAAAGAAGUAAGCAAGCAGACAGUGGCGUAUUCCCCCCGCUCCAAGCUGGGAACCCUUCUGCCCGAGUUCCCCAACGUCAAAGACCUGAACCUGCCAGCCAGUCUGCCAGAGGAGAAGGUUUCGACCUUUAUUAUGAUGUACAGAACCCAUUGUCAGAGGAUACUGGACACUGUAAUACGAGCCAACUUUGACGAGGUUCAAAGUUUUCUUCUGCACUUUUGGCAAGGAAUGCCCCCGCACAUGCUGCCCGUGCUCGGCUCCUCCACGGUGGUCAACAUCGUGGGAGUUUGCGACUCGAUACUGUACAAAGCGAUUUCUGGAGUGCUCAUGCCCACGGUGCUGCAGGCAUUACCGGACAGCUUGACUCAGGUGAUCCGAAAGUUUGCCAAACAGCUCGAUGAGUGGCUCAAGGUUGCCCUUCAUGACCUCCCGGAGAAUUUGCGAAACAUCAAGUUUGAAUUGUCAAGACGGUUUUCCCAAAUUCUGAGGCGGCAAACAUCACUGAACCAUCUUUGCCAGGCAUCAAGAACUGUGAUCCACAGUGCAGACAUUACUUUCCAAAUGCUCGAGGACUGGAGAAACGUGGACCUGAACAGCAUUACCAAGCAGACCUUGUAUACAAUGGAAGAUUCCCGAGAGGAGCACAGGAAGCUCAUCAUACAGUUGUAUCAAGAAUUUGACCAUCUCCUAGAGGAACAGUCGCCCAUUGAAUCCUACAUCGAGUGGCUGGACACCAUGGUGGACCGAUGCGUUGUGAAGGUAGCUGCCAAGAGACCAGGUUCCUUGAAGAAGGUUGCUCAGCAGUUCCUUCUGAUGUGGUCCUGCUUUGGCACCCGGGUGAUCCGAGACAUGACUUUGCAUAGCGCUCCCAGCUUCGGGUCUUUUCACCUCAUUCACCUGAUGUUUGAUGACUAUGUGCUGUACCUGCUGGAGUCGCUCCACUGUCAGGAGAGAGCCAAUGAGCUCAUGCGGGCCAUGAAGGGGGAAGGAAGCACCGCAGAGGUCAGAGAAGAGAUCCUACUGGCAGAGCCCGCCCCGCCAACUCCGUCGCCCGUGCCCUCCUUCUCGCCGGCAAAGUCUACCACGUCUGUAGAGGUGCCGCCUGCCUCUUCGCCUGUCAGCAACGCCUCCCCGGAGUAUACUGGCCUCACCACAACAGCAGGAGCAAUGCAGUCCUACACCUGGUCCCUUACGUACACAGUGACGACGGCUGCUGGUUCACCUGCUGAAAGCUCCCAACAGCUGCCCUGUAUGAGAAGCUCUCAUGUGCCUUCUUCCUCCGUCACCCAUCGGAUACCAGUUUAUCCCCACAGGGAGGAACACGGCUACACGGGGAGUUACAACUAUGGAACCUAUAGCAACCAGCAUCCCCACCCAAUGCAGAGUCAGUACCCAUCCCUACCGCAUGACACGGCCAUCUCUGGGCCCCUCCAUUAUUCUCCAUACCACAGGGGCUCCUCACAGUACCCUUUCAACAGCCCCACCUCCCGGAUGGAGCCUUGUUUGAUGAGUAGUGCCCCUAGACUACACCCUACGCCGGUCACUCCCCGAUGGCCAGAAGUUCCCUCAGCCAACACGUGCUACCCAAGCCCACCUGUGCACCCGACAAGAUACGGAAGCUCUAGUGACAUGUACACCCCCUUGACCACCCGCAGGAAUUCUGAGUAUGAGCACAUGCAACACUUUCCCGGUUUUGCCUAUAUCAAUGGAGAAGCUUCGACAGGCUGGGCAAAAUGAAAAUGACUGGUAUAGUAUGAACCCAUAUUUAAUAAUAAUAAUAAUAAAUAAUAAUAAUAAUAAUUAAAAAUCCAACCAACCGACACCAGAAGACUUGAUCUCUUCACCUUUUAGAACUCAUGGGACUAUACCUAGAUGUCUGCUUUCCUAAUAAAUGCAAAGCUGGGUUAGAAUUGUCGAUGAGUAAACCUUAGUUCAGAAACAGGACUCACUAAAUGCCAGCAUGGCAGGGUUCAUGUAGAUCAGCCAGCUCGGACUGUUUCUGUAGAGCCCUGUCUUCAGGAGGCUAACCCUCAUCUUCUCCCUCCGUCCCAAGACUGUGUCUUGCGUGGCGCCUAGCCCAAGAAGCCACUCCCUUCCGUGUGGAUAAACACUCUUUAGUCUUGGGGGAUGGAGGUAGAGACAGAACGGAGCCUUCUUUUAUUUGGUGGGUACUCAGUUUACUGAGAAGAGAAGCCUCCAUAUUCAUCCUUCGUUUUACGUGUUGUCCAGUGAGCGCUUGAGAGAGGUGUUCUGCACAGUUCUGUGGUGUCCUUUCUUCUGCUGCGCCUGGAUGGAACUGCAUGAUUUGGAAGGCUCAUAUUCUCCUAAACACUAUCACUUGUGAUAGUACCUACAUUAUCUUUCAUUGUAAACAUUGUCUUAUUUG